UCUAGAAUUUAUAGCCUAAUAUGUAUGUGCAAUGACGUUGUAAAAGACACCAAGCUGGUUACAAUCCUCCCUGUAUGAUCUGCCAUCUGUACAAGCUUUCUAUUGGAGUUACAGAUUCUCAGCCACUCAAAAAUGGAAAAAGAAAAGUUACAGUUGCUUAUGGAAAAAAUUUAUGUACAGAAAAGUAGUUUUUUUGUACUAUAACUCUGAAAAAAUACUAUACGACUCACUCUCUAUCAUCACCUCUCUUUCUGUUUUCUUAUAUAACAUACAGCCACCUUCGCACAGUCCAUCAUCAUCACUUUCUUAUUGUUUCUUCCUCACAAGUACAAACAAGCUAAACAGAACAAAAAAAAAAAAUGGAACCACAUGCCGUUUCUAGCUCACAGAAACGACACGCAAUUUGCAUACCUUAUCCAGCACAAGGCCACAUCAACCCAAUGCUGCAAGUGGCCAAGCUUCUCCACGCCAGAGGCUUCCACGUCACCUUCGUCAACACCGACUACAACCACCGCCGUAUCCUCCGGUCACGUGGCCCUCACGCUCUCGACGGUCUCCCAUCGUUUCGCUUCGAGACUAUUCCCGAUGGUCUUCCUUGGACCGACGUCGACGCUAAGCAAGACAUGCUCAAGCUUAUAGACUCAACCAUUAACAACUGUUUAUCCCCAUUCAAAGAGCUUCUCUUCCGGUUAAACUCCGGUUCUGAUAUACCGCCGGUUAGCUGUAUCGUCUCCGACGCUUCCACGAGUUUUACAAUUGACGCGGCGGAGGAGUUUCAGAUUCCGGUGGUUUUUCUCUGGACGAACAGUGCUACUGCCUUAAUCUUGUAUCUCCAUUACCAUAAACUCAUCGAGAAGGGGAUAAUUCCUCUCAAAGAUGAGAGUAACUUAAAGAAGCAUCUAGAGACGGAGAUAGAUUGGAUACCGUCGAUGAAGACCAUUCAGCUCAAGGACUUUCCAGACUUCGUCUCCAUGACGGAUCCUCAAGAUCUGAUGCUUAAUUUCAUCUUACAUGUAACCGGAAGAUCCAAAUGCGCUUCUGCGAUCAUCAUCAACACUUUCGAAAACCUCGAGCAUAACGUCCUCUUAUCUUUGCGAUCACUGCUUCUCCCCCACAUAUAUCCGAUUGGACCGCUCCCGGUUCUCGAGAACCGAGAAAUUGAUCGAGACAGCGAAAUCGGAAAGCUGGGAUUGAAUCUAUGGGAAGGAGAAACGGAAUCUCUGGAUUGGCUCGAUACCAAGGGUAAGGACACCGUCCUUUACGUCAACUUCGGAAGUCUAGCGGUUUUGACGCGAGAACAGCUUUUAGAGUUCGCUUGGGGUUUAGCGGGAAGCGGGAAAGAGUUUCUAUGGGUGGUACGAUCCGGUUUGUUCGACGGAGAUGCGUCGUCUCUUCCGGCUGAAUUUCUAUCGGAGACGGCGAAUCGCGGAAUGCUGAUCACAGGCUGGUGUCCUCAGGAGAAGAUACUCUCGCAUCCGGCUAUCGGAGGAUUUUUGACUCACUGCGGAUGGAAUUCGAUACUGGAGAGUAUUUUCGCCGGUGUUCCGAUGAUUUGUUGGCCCGUCUUCGCCGAUCAAUUAACGAAUCGAAAGUUCUGUUGCGAGGAAUGGGGGAUGGGGAUGGAGAUCGGCGGCGAAGUAGAGAGAGAGAAAGUGAAGGCGGUGGUCUGUGAGCUGAUGGACGGAGAGAAAGGAAAUAAGAUUAGAGAGAAGGUGAUGGAGUGGCGGCGCAUGGCGGAAGAAGCUUCGGCGCCACCGUCUGGUUCGUCGUACGUCAAUUUUGAGACGGUGGUUAGUAAAGUCCUUCUCGGUCGCGAUUAGAUCGACCUAAACUGGGCUUUAAGUAUCCAAAGGCUUUGUUGAAAUAAGAAAAGCCCAUUAUAAACGAUCCAUUUGUUUGCUAACAUCAAUUUGCCAAUAUUAUUAUCUGCCUGAUUAUA